CGGGGCGCCCUCGCCCCUGCGGGCCCGGCGGGGGGAGGAUGCCUGGGGCGGGGAUGGGUUUUCGCCCGUAGCUCCCCGCGCCCCCCCGCUUCCUUCCGCCCCCUCUCGCCUCCCAGCGGGGGCGGCGCGGCCCCGUUCCCCGCGGGGGGCUGUCGCUCGGCUCCCUCCGGCCCGGCGGUGCCCACAUGGGGGGCAAGCAGAGCACGGCGACCCGCUCGCGGGGCCCCUUCCCGGGGGUGUCGACGGAUGACAGCGCCGUGCCGCCGCCGGGAGGAGGGGGGGGGCCGCCCCCCUUCGGCCAUUACCGGGCGGGCGGCGGCGGCGGCGCCAUGGGGCUGCGCAGCCGCUCCGUCAGCUCGGUGGCCGGCAUGGGCAUGGACCCGGCGGCGGCCGGCGCCGUCCCCUUCGGGCUGUACGCGGCGGCGGCACGGGCGGCGGGGGAGGCCGAGCGGGCCCCGGGCGGCGGCGGCGGCGGUCCGGGCUCCGACUCCACGUACGCCCAUGGCAACGGUUUCCAGGAGACGGGAGGCGGUCACCAUAGAGACGGGAUGCUGUACCUGGGCGCCAGGGCCUCGCUGGCCGACGCGCUGCCCCUUCACAUCGCGCCGCGGUGGUUCAGCUCGCACAGCGGUUUCAAGUGCCCCAUUUGCUCCAAAUCUGUGGCUUCUGACGAGAUGGAAAUGCACUUUAUCAUGUGUCUGAGCAAACCUCGCCUCUCCUACAACGAUGACGUGCUGACCAAGGACGCCGGCGAGUGCGUGAUCUGCCUGGAGGAGCUGCUGCAGGGGGACACGAUAGCCAGGCUGCCCUGCCUCUGCAUCUAUCACAAAAGCUGUAUAGACUCAUGGUUUGAAGUGAACAGAUCUUGCCCAGAGCAUCCUUCUGAUUGACCCGCCGAGCGUGCUUGCUGACUUCUCUCUAAGGGCACCUUGCUAUACCUGCUGUACCUCCUCUCCCCGUCCCCCCUGCCCCGCCUGGAGUUUUGGGCUGACUUUAAAUUCCUCGAGAAGACAAAAAUAAAACCCAGAAACUUGAAUCCACUUGGGACAACGGCGCAGUUUUUAUUUUAUUUUAUUAUUUUUAUUUGUUCUGUUGUUUUUCUGCUUUUUUGUUUUGUUUUGUUUUGUUUUUUUAUUUUAAUUUAAAAGACUUAAAACAAAAAGAAACAUCCAGGAGACGACAGUGUGAGAAAAGCGGAGCGACCUGCUCUCCCCUCCACAGCUGCUGGUCACCAGGAGAGCUCUGCCUGCCAGGGAGGCCCCGGGGACGCCCUCGGCCGAAACCCUGCCAUGAUGUUUGGCUUUUCUCCCCGAACCGAAAGGGGAAAGCUGCCGGGGGACAGCCGGCCAAACGGAGCACGCGGCAUUUCUCACCGGCAACCCCCCCACCUCCCACCCGGACUCGCCCGGGGGCUCUGCUCGGUUUUUUUGCACUGACUAAACGGGAAAUUCCUCCUCUCUCCCAUCUCCCUUUUGGAGAUCUCCACCCCGGGCCCCGGCAGCGUUUGAGAUGGGGACUCUGCCCCACGCCGGGAGCGGGGCCACUGCUCCCCCCUGCUGAGUCGCAGGGGUCCGUCUUUCAAGUGUUUACAAUGAGAAAAAAAAAGGAAAAAAAAGGAAAAAAAAAGAAGAAAAAAAGAGAAAAUGGACAAAAAAAAAAACCAAACAACAAACCACAACUGAAGCUUCGUGUUGACUGGCGUGUUCUUCAAUUUGAGCUUCCCUGCCCCGGUGAUGUUUACAGACUGGUCACUCUUUAACUCAGCUAUAACCACUCAGAGACUGGAGAGCUGCAGCAUCCCCGCCGCCCCUCCUCUGCCCCCUCGCCGGGCUCCUCUUGCCAAAACCGCCUCCCCUCUUUCUUUUCCAUCGGCUUUGAGUUGAACCCUUUUGAGGAGGGUAUGGGGAAGGCCCCAGUGGCCCCCCGGAUGCCCCAGCCACCCCUAGCUGCAGGGGUGGCUUUGCUGGAGGUGCCAAGAUGGUGUCAUUUCAUGGCAGUGACCCCCUCGCCCAUCCCGUCCCCUCCUGGCGCGGCGGGCGCGUUUUCGUUGGUGAGACCUCCCCUGCCGGUGGCCGUGCCCCUGCGGGAAACCUUUCUGUAUUUAUAUAUUAAAAAAAAACGGGGGAAAAAAAGAGUUCAGAGCUUGGGGGGAGCUUCCUUCAUUAGUCAAGGUGUUUUGAUAUGGUAUUAAAACAAUGUUCAAUAAAACAUUCACUGUUAUUUUA